AUGGCUUGCCAGCUUUUCUAUUUUUUGUGGAUUGCUGCCUGCAACUCGAGCAACCCUUUUGACUCUUCACCAGGACCAAAAUUGAAGGAACAACCUUUCAAGCAAAUUUUUUGUCCUGGAAUUGACAAACUAGCAAACACACUAUGCACUCCUUCUAAAUGCCUCGAAAUUGCCGCAGACCUCGGGUUUUCUUCAAAUUCCUUCGACUUCGAACUACCUCACACAGCGACGACUACUACCACCUUGGUUGGGUAG